UAAACUGAUAGACUGAUUGACAUAGACAGUGCUGAAGGCAGAUAGGACCCAGCUGGGGGGCCCCCCUACGGGGUUUGCUGUAUCGUUAUUUCAUAAUUGCAUCAUAAAUGCCCAUUGUUGUCGUUUCUGUGCAGUACAUGUAUGACUUGGGGCCCCGGGUCUCUCAGGUCAGGGGCCCCAAAACCGGGUCCUCGGGCAAAUGCCACGCCCCCGCCUCUGCCGCCUCUCCCCACUGGGGCAAAGAUACUGACUGGAACCCGCCGACAGGAGGGUUGACUCCCUCUGGUCGUUCAGCUAUAGAACCAACACGCCCAGGUGUUGGCAGAGAGAGAUAGGAGGUAAAACAUGUUAAUAUUUCCAUUUGUAUGUUUUUAUUGAUCAUGUGAUUAGUUGAUUUAUUGAUAAUGGGGGCAGGCCUCGGUAUCGGCACUAGUGGUCCUUACUUGGUAUUGGAUCAGUACCUAAACACGCAGGAACACCAUCCCUACCGGAUGAUGACCCAACCCCUCACCCCUGCAUCAUGUUUGAGGGACGGGUGAUUGGGACAAAGACCAGAAUGAGACCAUGAUGAUGAUGAUGAUGAUGAUGAUGAGCACAUGCUUAAUAGUCCUGUGCACGGGGGAUCACAGAUCUCAUGCGUGAGGAUUGAGUGACAAGGUCACAGGCGGCGGCGCGUUGACGUGAUUGGGGGCAGAGCCGGGCGGGAGCGCGCCGGCGAUGGCACGGGAACGCUUGAUGAGCAGCUGGAGCGAGCUCGCGCACUCUUCCAAAUCCCCCCCCCUCCCCCUCCCUCAUUCCGCUGGCCUCACUUUGGCGAGGUUGCCGCGAGAAGACGCCGUGGAAGGACGCCUCUGCUAACCUCCAAAAGCAAAUGUGGCUGGGCAACGAAAGAGCACAGGGCUUGAUGGGACCAGGCAGGCCCAACCGAAGCAGUCCAUGACAAGGGAGCCCGUCCAGGAAUGGCGCUGAGCUUCAUCGGCUAAAGUGACAUCAAACCAUCAACCUCCGACCCAGUGCUUCCCAGCGCCAUCAUGUGUCUGAAGGUCCACGCGGGAACCAGGGGGCGUGUCCUCUUGGUGCUCCAACGUCAUUGGUAGUUUGGGGGUUCAAACCAUCACGUGGAAAAUGGCCGUGCAAGGUGGCCUCUUGCGACCCCCCCAGUGAGCCACAGCGGAACCCCUGAGGUGACCCCCUGAGGUGACCCCCUGAGCGGACCCCCUGAGCGGACCCCCUGAGGUGACCUGUGUACUUGCCUUCUGCCGAUGCGUGCCAGGAGUGACGGCAGUAAUGGCCGUGUCGUUUGCUUCCUUUGCUCUGUGAUCAGACGUACGCCGUAUCUCAGCAGCGGGGCGACGGUGCCGGCGGCCAUUUUUAGCCACGAUAGCGACCAUGGCCGUGCGUCACAUGGCGGUAUGUCAUAUUGUUAAAGCUGUGACAUGAAGGAAGAAGAUGAGGACGCUGUUGGAUCCUCCGGUGAUGCUUGAACCCACAACAAGGAAGGAGUUUUUCUCUUCUCACGCCGUGGUCUUCUUUCCUCACGCCAGUACCGAGCGGCGCUGAAACUGGGAGCUGCAUCGUAAGAAACGGCAUGUUUGAUUUCUCUUCACCUGCAUGCCCAGCUAGUACUUGGUCAUACCCGCCGCCCCCCCCCCCCCCGACCCCCCCGUUUGCGUUCACUCCCGACGUCGCUGCCAGAGAUGUUCCUCCAUGUUUCAGACGGCGCCUGAACUCGGCCUCCUCUUCCUUCUUUGAAGUGAGCUCAGUCCCGCAUGCCAUGCCACGCCUGGCCACCCACCCUGCCCCUGCAGUCCUCCCAACCGUGGUUAAAAACCGUGACUGAACCCCCCCUGAAAGGAUCGUACAGGCGGAGAAGGCCGCACGCAGGAAACGGAGCGAUGGCGUUGAAAGGAAUUCCGCUUUGAAGAGCAUGGAUUGUUAUUUUGCCGAAAGACUCCGCUGAUCCGACUGCACGGGACUCCGAGACCGAACUGGGAAGGAUGGGGGCCGCCCGCGUGAAGCGGCGCUUCAGUGCUGUGGUGGAUGGGCCAGUGGAGGAGGAGGAGGUCAUGAGGCUGGCGCAGAGUGCAGCGGAACUAGCCCAGGCCGGAGGGAGCCCGACCGGGUCCGGAACCCCGACCGGCCCCUCCCCGACGCACGCCGCCAACGGCAAAGCCCCGCCUCUUCACAGCAGGAGCGAUGCACGGAGGCAGAGGGAGUCAGCUGGAGGAGAAGGCGGGGAGAGCUCGGACCUCAGGAGGGCAAGAGGAAGCGGUGCGGGAGGAAGAGGGGACGACCGGUCCCUCUCGGACCGGGACUCCCUGGCUUCCCCCUCCACCGCCAGCCGCUGGCGCGCCAAGCGAGCUGGCCACCGGCCCCGGAAACGCUUUGUGGGCAAGGACGGACGCUGCAACGUUACCUUUGUCAACAUGAGCGAGAGGGGCCAGCGGUACCUCAGCGACCUCUUCACCACCUGCGUGGACAUCCGCUGGCGCUGGAUGCUGGUCAUCUUCACGCUCUCCUUCCUUCUCUCCUGGCUGCUCUUCGGAUUUGCCUUCUGGCUCAUUGCCUCCGCGCACGGGGACCUCUCUGUCCGCCUCGUCCCCAUCUCCGCCGCCACCUCGGCCGGGCCUGGGGGCGAGAGCGACGGGGAGACGGCGGCGGCGGCGGCCGGGGAGCCGUGCUUUCUCCAAGUCAACAGCUUCAUGGCGGCCUUUCUCUUCUCUUUGGAGACGCAGACGUCCAUCGGUUACGGAUUCCGAAGCGUGACCGAGCAGUGUCCCCUGGCGGUGGUGGCGGUCGUUUUGCAGUGCAUCGUGGGCUGCAUUAUCGACGCCUUCAUCAUCGGGGCGGUCAUGGCAAAGAUCGCCAAGCCCAAGAAGCGCAACGAAACUCUGGUGUUCUCUGAAACGGCCGUGGUGGCCCUCAGGGACGGGAAACUGUGCAUGAUGUGGAGAGUCGGGAACCUGCGCAAGAGUCACCUGGUGGAGGCGCACGUCCGAGCGCAGCUCUUGAAGUCGAGGGUGACGGCAGAGGGGGAGUUCCUUCCCUUGGACAACCUGGACAUCAACGUUGGCUUCGACACCGGCACCGACCGCAUCUUCUUGGUGUCGCCGGUCACCAUCGUCCACGAGAUCAACGACGAGUCGCCUUUCUUCCAGAUGGACCGCCAGAGCCUGGAGAGCGACUCGGAGCUGGAGGUGGUGGUCAUCCUGGAGGGCAUGGUGGAGGCCACCGCCAUGACCACGCAAUGCCGCAGCUCCUACCUGGCGUCUGAAAUCCAGUGGGGACGCCGCUUUGAACCCGUGCUCUUCGAGAAGAAGGACUGCUACGAGGUAGACUACUCGUUCUUCCACCGAACAUACGAGAUCCCAAACACGCCCUUGUGUAGCGCCAAGGAGCUUGCAGAGCUCAGGUUCAUCCAAAGCUCUCGCUCAUCAUUUUGCUACGAGAACGAAGUGGCUCUGGAGCUGCUCUCUCCUGGGGAGGAACCCCCCCAAGACCCCGAGUGCCCCGCCAUGCCGGGCAGCAGACUGAUGCAGCAUCUCCACACCAACUGAGGAGGUCUGGGCCGGGCCAGUAGAAGGAGUCGGGCGGGUCUGGGAUGACUCUCGACACUGACCUCGUUGUCUGAUUGGUCCUGGCAAUCUUUCACAGUCACUGGAGACUCGUCUGCUAAGUCCCAAUCUGGCCCAUCACCACCGCAGCACGCCCCAUCCGGAAGCACGCCCCAUCCGGCAGCACGCCCCAUCUGGCCUCACGCUACUCGGAUCGGACGAGCAACACCGCCACCUGGUGGCCGGUGCUCGCAAUUGCACGUCCUCGGUGCAGGACCUCAAUGAUUUCAAUGACUUUUGUAUGCAGUGAAAGGUCGUGUACCCUCAUAAGUACACCUCAGGAAUGUAUCGCAGUAUUACUAUGCUGAUUUAUCAGAGUAUUUUCAUAUGGUAAGUAUAUUUUUAGAAGGGUGAUUGUCAUUGUUAGGCUAGUGUUUAUGUGGCAAGGCAGCGAUUACACGGAGUACUACCACGGAGUACUACCACGGAGUACUACCACGGAGUACUACCACGGAGUACGGGGGCCACGUGGACAGAAAUAAUCAUCUGAUAUUUGCAGGAUAAAAUUACAAGGAAGAAGAACAGUCAGUAAUUUUUAAAAAAGUUACGUUCCAGGCACUGCCUAAGACAGCUAUGGAAAGGGGGGGGCUUAUGCGACCUUUGGCCUUGGGUCAGGAAGGGCUAGCCAUGCUAACCUGUUUGCUGCCACGUUAUAAAUAAAAGCUGGCCUGAAGCGGGAGGAAAGUUUCCUUAAUUAAAAAAAAAUAGCUAUGCUCUAUUUUAUAUUAUUGCGACUUUUUUAUUCUUGUAAAUUAAUUACUUUAUUUUUUUUGCAGGGAAACGUACGACUUUAUUUUCCUAAAUGUACACACUUAUUCUCGCAAUAUUACAACAUUUCUUCUUGUACAUUUAAGGCAUUUUGUCCGAAUAUACCAACUUUUUUUCUUAUAUUUAUAACUUUAUUCUCGCAAUAUUACAAUUUUUUCCCUUGUAAUUUUAAGACUUUUACAUUUUUUUCUUUUAAAUUUACAACUUUUUUUGCAGAAAUUCUCAUAAAUUUACAACUUAAUUCUUGUAAAUGUAUGACUUUAUUUUCGUAACAUUGCCACUUCCUUUCUUCUAAGUUUUUGUGUAAGAAGUGUGGCUUUCUUGUGGGCAUCAGAUGGUUUAGUUUCCAGUGUCCCUGGUCCUCCGUGGUAGAGAAGAGCUCCAAACCAGCAGCGGUGUUUACCUUGUCCCUGUGAUGAAUGUCUGCCGUGUAUUGUUAUUGUUCCAAUAAUGUACGUAAAUAACGCUAAGGUCUUCAUUCUGUCCUCACCAAUCCAUUCCUUCAUGGCUCCUCCAUGAGAUGGUCUUCCUGCCCUAGACUAGAGAAACUAUGCUGUGUCGUCGUGUGGCCAUGUCACCAAAGUAUGGAGGUACACAAGUUUUUCAACAUUGGAGUUGAGAAUGUACUUCAAAAACACUUGACUUUCAAUGUGACUUCAUUUUAGCCGGUGCAUGUUUUGUGAGGGCUAUCCAAAGGAUGGCCCGGGGGCCGUUUUUGGUCUGCAGCUUGUUUCUUAUUGGCCCUCAGCAAUUCUAAAAAAUAAAACAAAUAUUUUUAAAUAUUUAAAUAUAUUGUUAUAUUUGACCAGGCUUGGGCAAAUGACUUUCAAAAAGUCAUUGGAGUGGUCCCUCGCUCUGUCGCGGUUUGUCACAAAAUAAUUAAUAAAAAAAAACAUUGCACUUUUGUGGUUAUUAUUAGUCAAAAAAUUCAUAUCUAAGCACAUGUUACGUAUUCUUGGCUGAAAUGAAACAUUUUCAAGAUGUUUCAAAAUGUUAUAAAUGAGCUGAAAAACAAUACAAGAGUCAUUUUGCUUCAUUUUAGUUUUAUUAAGUGUUAUCCCUCAGUUUUUAACUUGCACAUCAUCGCCAUACUAAUGCAUUUUUCCUUUAAGACGGUGGUUCAAACGGCGUGGGGAAGAAGGACAAAGAAGGCCAAAACUUACCACUUCCACACCGAGUGAGAGGAGAAGCCUUUUUUUCAAGCUGGCUCGGUAGAUGGACAGGUGGAUUGUUGCGGCGUCUGCAGGUGUAUUUAUGAUGAUUUAACAAGUUAUUACGUAUAUUCUGUAUUUAUUCAUUCCUCACAGUACAGUGUUUGGCAGUAUUGCAGUAUAACUCCUGUUCCCUAGUCGUCUGUAAUUACUCACUUUAUUAUUUUCUAGUUGCCAUUACCAAACUGACACACCUAGCAAACUAAGGUAAUACAAUAUAGAAGUCAUAACGAGUCACCAAAUAUAUAUAAAUAUAUAUAAUAUUUAUAAAUGGAAAGCUGUAACUUAGUUGGUGUGUUUUCAGUGACGAUACGGGCCAAAAAUGACAUUCCUAUUUCAUAAAUAGUCAACAAAUCAUCAUCAUAAACGUCAGGACUUUGGAGGCUUGAAUGCUAAGGUUCAAAUCAGCAUUGG